AUGGCGUUGCUGCCGCUCUCCUCCACCUCCGCCUCUGCCUCCGCCGCGCUCCCGCACUUCCGCCCCUGCCCGUCCGCCGCGCUUCUGCUGCGCCUCCCCUCCGCCCGCGCCCGCACCCGCGCGGUCUCCACCGGCUACGCGGCGUCCUUCUACGGCGGCUCGGCGAUGUCCGCGGCCGGCGGCGCCGACGAGGAGGCGGUCGGCGACGAGUCGGGGUUCGGCCCGGGGCUGGGUCUCGGCGGCGGCGGCCUCGGGAUGUCGGCCGCGGAGGCCGCGCUGGCGCUGGAGGAGCGCGAGAUGCCGCCCUGCCCGCCCGGCCUGCGCCAGUACGAGACCAUGGUCGUGCUCCGCCCCGACAUGUCCGAGGAGGAGCGCCUCGCCUUCAUCCAGCGCUACGAGGAGGUAAUCGCAUUGCCUCCACUCCAUAUUAGGAUUUCUAAGCACACAAAAUGGGUAUAG